CUGGGGACGCGCACAAAAAAAUACUUGACACUUUUCUCAAUCUCUUUGAUCAAAUUGUAAAAACUGAUUUUGCACCAGAUUUUCAGGAAAUCAAUCUGUCGUUGAUUUAUCAUUAUUUGCCCAAAUUUAGUGCGGAGGGUGACGAUGAGCGCUGUAUUUGAAGGUUUCGAAAAGCAAUACUGCGAGCUCUCUGCGAAUUUAUCCAAGAAGUGUGCGUCGGCUAACCUACUUAAUGGAGAGCAAAAGAAGCAAAAGAUUUCUGAAAUUAAAGCUGGACUGGAUGAAGCAGAAGCACUGAUUAGGAAGAUGGAUCUGGAAGCUCGUGCCUUGCAACCAAAUAUUAAGGCAGUGCUACUUGCUAAGUUGAGAGAGUACAAGUCUGAUCUGAACAAUUUGAAAAGUGAAGUGAAACGAAUUGUAUCAACAAACUUGAACCAAGCUGCCCGAGAUGAGCUGCUGGAGGCAGGGUUGGCAGAUACACUGGCAGUAUCUGCAAAUCAAAGGGAUAGAUUAUUAAUGACAACCGAACGGCUAGAUAAUUCGAGUAACAGGAUCAAGGACAGUAGGAAGGUCAUGUUGGAAACAGAAGAGCUUGGCGUUUCACUUCUUCAAGAUUUGCAUCAACAGCGACAGUCUCUCUUGCAUGCUGAUAACACUUUGAAUGGUGUCGACAACAAUGUAGGCAAAAGCAAGAAAAUUUUAACCAACAUGACGAGAAGGAUGAAUCGGAACAAGUGGAUGAUCGGUGGUAUAAUCAUGGUUCUGGUUAUCGUUAUCGCUCUCAUCCUGUAUUUCAAAUUAGCCAAGUAACCAAGACUUGUGUACCGUGUAAAUUGAACUUUUUUUAAUUCUUGCUCGACUGUUCUGAGUGAAACUGCCAACUACCUUGUUUUUGUUUGUUUGUUUUUUAGUAGCUGUAAAUUUGACGUUCCUACUAUAUGAGAUGCAGAGGAACUGUGUGCGCUUGCGUUGGGUGUAUGUAAUGUGAAAAAAGUACAUUUUCUUUAUCAAUAGUUCUGAUUGCGUAAAA